AUGCAUCAACCAGAAGUGCAGCUACUGUCUUCCGCAUCCACAGCUCCCGGUGAAAAGGAUAACGAGGAUACCAAAGAAGUUUGUCCUGGGUCGCGUCAACUGUUUGUUAAAGAUCUGCAUGGAAACACCAGGUGUGUGGAUGUGCAGCAGGAAACAACAGUUGCAGAUCUCACCAUACAGUUGGAGGCAGAGAAGAUCCUACCCCCUGGAGGGUCACUGAUGGCAGGAUCCAAGAAGUUGAAGAAAACCCAGCUGAUGAGUGAAGUGCCCAGUAACAUCGAAGUGGUACUUGCUCUGCGUGGAGGGGCACCUGCCGGCAAGUUGAGUAUCAAUGUUCAAGAAAGAAAGGACUCAAAAAUAAGAGCAGAGGAUCUCAGGAAGAAGAUUGAAGAGGACUCAGGGAUUGGAAAAAAGUUGUCAAAACAACAGCUGGGAAGGAUUUUGAGGAAUGUGUACAAAAAGAAGUUUCACCGUGUUCGUAUCUAUAAUCCAUCAAAUCAUAAAAGAGAUUACUAUUAUGAUGGGCUAAAGAUGAAAGUGGCUGGGACAGAAACAGAUGGGAGAGUAGCUCCCCAGGAGCAUGUAGAUAAAAAUGUAAAUGAAUCAGUAUUGGCCAAAGAGAAAAUACAGGCCCUUGAAAUGGAACUUUCUACAAUGAAGGAAAGAACAUCUGAGUUAGCGGCUCAGCUUGCUCAGCAGUCAAAAACCAUAUAUGGUUUAAAAGAAGAGAAUACUGAUUUGUUAAAUAAGGUAAUGGCCGUGAAUGAGGACAACGAUAUUCUGUACAAGGCAGUGUCCAAACACACUGCUGAAUCCUUUCUACCAAGCCUGGCAGACUUUCCCUCUGAUCAGAUUUUUGAAAAUGACCGCUUGGUUCAAGCUCACAAUACAGUUGUUGGACGUGGUGCAUAUGGCCAAGUGUGUAAACUUCAUCUGUCAGAUGUUGGCACGGUAGCUGUCAAAACGUAUGGCAUUGAAAGGAAUGGGCAGUCUGCUGUGGGGAUGUCAAAACGGCACCUAUUAAAGGAAGCUAACAUGCUGAGGGCACUGCAGGAUAUCGACGGUGUCCAAAAGCUUGUUGGCAUUGAAACUAAGGGGUUCAAGAAGGAAGAAGGUGAACAGUGGCAGAAAGACGUGCCCAGGCUGCUUAAGAAACUAUACUGCACAAGGUUUACGUAA